AUGAGACGAGACUGGGAAGCUCAGGUGGUCGAGCCAGCCAACGCAGGAGCGGCUGGCAUUCCAGUGAAGGAAAGGGUGAAAGUCUCUCAGAACUGGAGGCACGGACGCUGCCGGAGGGAGACGGUCCUGAAAUGGAAAUGCAAUUUGAUGCCCUGGAUGGAGCUGGAUGGCGAGUAUCUCUACCUGUCUCAAGCGGAGAACAUCCAGGCCUACCGGCUCUGUCCAGAUGGUACAGGUUUGCAGCGUCACCCUCAAGCUAUUUUCUCUGGCCACCAGGAGGACGUAUGUCGCUUUGUUCUUGUCAACUCCCACAUCGUCAGUGGAGGGGGAGAUGGAAAUAUUGUCCUUCACAAGAUCCAUGGCUCCUACAGCGUCAAGUUCUCUGCGCACGAACAGGAGGUGAACUGUGUGGACUUCCAAGGUGGCCUCAUUGUCAGCGGCUCCCGGGACAGAACAGCGAAGGUUUGGUCCCUGUCCGCGGGCAGAGUUGGGCAGUGUCUACAUACAGUGCAGACAGAGGAUCGAGUGUGGUCCAUUGCUAUCAGCCCAUUAUUAAGCUCGUUUGUGACGGGGACAGCCUGCUGUGGACACACCUCACCUCUGAGAAUCUGGGACCUUGAGAGCGGUCAGCUGUUGACCUCUUUAGGGACUGACUUCCACCGUGGAGCUGGAGUCCUUGAUGUCUUCUACGAAACGCCCUCCCUUCUCCUUUCUUGUGGGUAUGACACCUACAUCCGCUACUGGGACAUACGGACUAGCACCAGGAAGUGCGUCCAGGAGUGGGAAGAGCCCCAUGACAGUGCCCUGUACUGCAUAAGGAGUGACAAGAACCAUAUGAUUGCCAGCGGCUCUUCUUACUACGGCGUGGUGCGCCUCUGGGAUAAGCGGCAGACUCGGUGCCUGCAGAGCUUUCACCUGUCUUCACCCACCAGCAGCCCAGUGUACUGCCUCCGUUUCAGUACCACCCAUCUGUACGCUGCCCUGGCAUCAGCCCUGCACGUCCUAGACUUCACGGCCCCGUGAAGGGCACCACAGCUGCUUCUGGUCACCCCAACUCAGCAGAGUUGACACUUGGCUCAGGGAAUCGCAGGGCAGGAGAGGUGAGAAUGGCCCCCAAGGCUUCUGAAGGGAUUUUUUGCCUGCCAGAAAGCUACAUUGAAGAGUGCACAAAGGGCCAGACUUUCUCACCUCACCUGCCCGUUAGUGGAAAUAAAGGCUGAUUGUCCUUUUUAUUUUGUGCAAAUCAGGGUUUGUUUUAUUAACUGUGUUCUUUUUUUCUUUUUUUUUUUUUUUUUUUUUUUU